AUGGAAACAUUAGCUGGAGUGUUAAAUGCUCUCAUAAAUACUACAAUAAACAAGGAUAACGAAGAAAACUUAAUGAAUGUUAAACUUAUUGCAGGAGUUUUGAAGUUCAGUUAUGCAAAGGAGUUUAAGAUAACACGAAUGAGUCAUAGAGUUCAAUUGCUUCUGGGUGCAUACCAUAUGACAUUUCCUUUGAAAAGUGUUGACAAAACGAUUGAGAUGAAAUCUGUUCCAUACGUAUGUUAUGGUAAUUGUUUGUACAUUGAGUCUAAAAUAGCUAAUGUCACAGGCAUUUCAGGAGUUAAUAGUAAAGGUUCAGUAGAAUAUAAGUCUUUCUGUUAUGCAGUCAAUUCAAUGUUCAUUCCAAACGUUCCUGUCAUAGCAACUCAUUUAGGUAAAUGGGUUCGCAUUAGUCCUCAUAAUUUGAAAGACAUGCAAUUCAGACUAGUUGACUUUCAGGGCGAGCCUGUAGAACUGAAGGCACCAGUGCGAAUGACUGUUGAAGUUGACUUUUUAGAAAAUAUUAAAUGCAACAGCUUACAAGAGAACUCAGAGCUAAAAAUAUAA